UUGGGACUUUGCUGCGAUGGAGGCGUCGAAGAUUUUGAAGGAGAAGAAGUUCUGGAUCGCUUCCUUCCUUGUUGUGUGGGCGGCCGCUCUACAGGCACAUAUGAUGUGGAUGCAGAAGCAAGACGCUUUCAAGCAGAAGUUUGGGGAAUUGAGCCAAGAAAAGGAUGGAGACGAUUGAAUUACCGAUCGACCUUAUCAGGUUCCUCCGAAGCCGAAUCAUAGACGAUACCUUUAAAGACGUGAACCCCGUCUCUUUUAUAGAUUAUUCUCUUUCACAUUCUUGUCUUUUGGGAUUAUGUGGUCUAAUGAUCAUUUGAAGUAUAGAACAUCAAGAAAAGAGAAUAUGAACACCAUCUGCGGAGUUCGUGGAUUAGGUAUGUCUUUUAUUUUUUUGGGUAAUAAUGGAGGAAGUAUUUGUUGCGUUGUUUAAUCUUGUCUUAUUGGAAUGGAGGCGGUCUGUGUGGUGAGAUAUAUUGCCCGCAAACGAUGAUGUUAAUUGGAGUUUCUUAUGCUUUGCAUACUUGUCUAUUUGUAGCCGGUCGGUAGCUCUAAAUUGACUGAUUCUAGGGUGCAAAGGGAUGCUUAGAAUAUUAUAUAUGAUAUGAUGUUAGCUCCUGUAUGAUUUCA